UUUUGUUCAUCUUUCAUUUGAUAAAGUUCAUUUCUUUUAAACUUUUUUUCCCUUUGGAAUCCAUGUUUCUUGAAUCUCUUCAUGCAUUUCUUGAAAUCAAUGCAAACAUCUAGAAGAAAAACACCAUUUGAGAAAGUUUCUAUCUUGACACUUUUCAAGUGAAAAAUAUUUGAUUUUUUUAACCAAAUUUUAUUUUUUUUUCUUUAGUUGUUUCUUGUAACUUGUAGAAAGUUUUGAUGGGGUUUUUUCUUCUUUUGAGAUUAACUCAUAUUUCUUUCUUUUUUGAUAGAAAGUUCACUUCUUUUUAACUUGUACCUUUUGAAAUCCAUGUUUCUUGAAUUAGUUCAUGCAUUUCUUGAAAUCCAAAAACACAAAAUACCCUUUGAAAGUAUCUCUAUUGUGGAAAUUUCCAACAUCUUUUUUUUUUGGCUAAAAGUGUGAAAAAGAUUUGAUCUUUACCCAAUAUCUGGUUUAUGUCAACACUUUCCAACAUCUUGAAAAAGAUUUGAUCUUUAACCAACAUUUGGUUUCCAUUUUUAUGGCUAUUUCUUGUUGACACUUUUCAACUUCCUUUUAGGUUGAAACAAGGGAAAAAGAUAUAAUCUUUAACCAAAAAAAUGGUUUCUAUUUCAAUGUCCACUUCUUGUUAAAACUUUCCAACAUCUUUUUAGGCUGAAAAAGAUUUGAUCUUUAACCAAGAAUUGGUUUCUAUUUCAACUUUUCAAUGGCUACUUCUUGUUUCAAUCCAUUUAAGCUGCGAAGAUCGAGGAGCAAACCGUUAUCUGUUCCUUCCUCCUCAUCAAGAACACAGUGGAAUUCAGCUAAUAUAGAAACAAUGGAGAAGAAGAGAUUUGAUAGUUUGGAAUCAUGGUCAAUGAUAUUGGAAUCUGAUAAUUUUGAGACUUGGGAAACUUCAAAAGAGGAUCAAAAAGAAGAAUGGACAGCUGAUUUAUCUCAGCUUUUUAUUGGUAAUAAAUUUGCUUCUGGUGCUCAUAGCAGAAUUUAUAGAGGGAUUUAUAAGCAGAGAGCAGUUGCUGUGAAAAUGGUGAGGAUUCCAACUCAUAAGGAGGAGACUAGAGCUAAGCUUGAACAACAGUUCAAGUCUGAAGUUGCUUUGCUUUCUAGACUCUAUCAUCCCAAUAUAGUUCAGUUCAUCGCCGCGUGUAAGAAACCUCCUGUGUACUGUAUCAUCACAGAGUACAUGUCACAAGGAACUCUAAGGAUGUACCUCAACAAGAAAGAGCCAUACUCACUCUCAACAGAAACAAUUCUGAGGUUAGCCCUCGAUAUAUCGCGAGGAAUGGAGUAUCUUCAUUCACAAGGGGUGAUCCAUAGAGACUUGAAAUCGAGUAAUUUACUCUUAAAUGAUGAGAUGCGCGUUAAGGUCGCGGAUUUUGGCACGUCGUGUCUUGAAACACAAUGCAGAGAGGCUAAAGGUAAUAUGGGAACGUAUCGAUGGAUGGCACCAGAGAUGAUCAAGGAGAAACCUUAUACGCGGAAAGUUGAUGUUUACAGUUUCGGGAUUGUGCUGUGGGAACUCACAACAGCUUUGUUACCAUUUCAAGGAAUGACACCAGUUCAGGCUGCUUUUGCUGUUGCUGAAAAGAACGAACGACCACCUAUGCCAGCAAGUUGUCAACUGGCGCUUGCACAACUUAUAAAGCGUUGCUGGGCAGCUAACCCUUCGAAGAGGCCAGAUUUCACAUACAUUGUAUCUGCACUCGAAAAGUACGAUGAAUGUGUCAAGGAAGGGCUUCCAAUGACCCUUCAUUCAGGGCUAGUUAGCCGGAACGCCAUUAUUGAACGUUUGAAAGGCUGUGUAUCCAUGAGUUCUUCAUCUAUACCUGUAAAUGUUUGAAUCUUUUAUCAAUCAAUAAUAAUUCUUAGUCAUUUAAUAUAUCAUGCUAAUUGUUCAA